UUACUUUUGCUAGUUUCCUCCGGCACCUGUGUGUGUCUGAUAUCAGUGAUUUCCUCGCACUGCUAGUUUCGAAAUUUUGGGAUUUAGAUAUCCCUUUGCGUGUCAUCUACCUCUAUUGUGACAGUUCAUUCGCUGUGCAGUUGCUGUAUUAUUAGGUGAAAAUGAUAAUUAAAAUUAUAGUUUAUAUUCUGCUGAUUACAGUUUGUGGUUGUGUAGCUGAUGAAUCAAAGAAAGAAUCUCUUGGUACAGUUAUAGGGAUAGAUUUAGGAACUACUUAUUCAUGUGUUGGUGUUUUUAAAAAUGGUCGAGUAGAAAUUAUAGCUAAUGACCAAGGAAAUCGUAUCACACCUUCCUAUGUGGCUUUUACUGCUGAAGGAGAACGUUUGAUUGGAGAUGCUGCAAAAAAUCAGUUAACAACAAAUCCUGAAAAUACUGUCUUUGAUGCUAAGCGACUAAUUGGCAGAGACUGGAAUGAACCUACGGUGCAAAGAGAUGUAAAAUUUUUUCCUUUCAAAGUAAGUUUAAAUGCUUAUCACUUGACUCCAAGCAUAAACGAUAGGCUUGGCAGCUGCAUACGUCCAUGUUUAAAGCACAGAAAGGCACAACCUAAGUGUUGUUCUCACAAGCAAUAA